GGUGUGAGUUGGAAACUUUGUUAAGAAGCCUAAAACCAGAAAUGAGGGAGUAUCAAAAGGCUUUGUCGUUGAAGCGCCAGCUCAAGCAAGAAACGUUACACUUGAGCUAUGUGUGCUACACCCUGUCCCAGCAAGCACAGGGAAGAAGAGCGUCCAGACGUUGUAUGACAACCCGCUGCGAUGAAAAGAAGGUUAAUAAAGAAAAUGAGGAGAGCGUGGUAAUUAAUUACCUUUAUAUAUACUUACAUAAAGAAAGUCCUUCAAAGCGUUUGGCAAAGGAAAUUGAAAACGAUCCUAGCAACCCUUUUGUUGCAUUUGGAUUACCAAGUAAGAAUGACUCAGACGAACUUUAUUGUCCCAGUUCAGAUGAAUCAAAAUAUCAUAAUAUAUCGGUCCAAAAAGCUUCCGAGAAUAACAUUAGAGAGGCUGCUGAAAUACUAUCAUUGAACCAUAUAUUUUUAUUUGAAGAGCAUACAUUAACUGGAAUUCAGAAAACUAUUGAACCUGAAUCAUUAAAAAUCAUUUUUGAAAACAUUAGAAAUGAAUUUAUUCCCUACCAAUUAUCUGAUAAUGAUAUUGUACGAUAUUAUACAAUAGUAAAGACUGCAAAUCAAAAUUUUCAAAACUGUAAGCCAUUGCUAAGAAAAUGGCAAAAACAAGUCGAGGAUGAUCAAGAGGAUUUGAUUUUGGAGGUGUUUGAAUCUAUAGCAUUACAUGAUGUUGGAAUUUAUUCUUAUGUUUCUGCAAAAAAACCUUUUAUAUCAGAAAAGCAUGCAUUAGUUCGUAUUAGUUGGUGUGAGAAAUAUAAAGAAAAAACAGCUUAUGAUUGGGUACAAGUUAUUUUCUCAGAUGAAUCAAGUGUUGAAAUUGGCAAGCAGUCAUGA